UGCCCCCAAAGGGGGACCUGGCUUGCAACCCAGGCAUGUGUGCUGACCAGGAAUGGAACCAAUGACCUUUUUGCUUUAUGGGACUGCUUAACCCAGUAAGCCACACCCCUCUGGGUGUGACGGCACCUUUUGUGUUGGUUUUCAGAAAGACUAAAAUGAGCUCAGGUGUUCUCAGAGUAUUGCAUUUUUAGUGAAAAAUAUUUUUCUUGAGGUGGAAUUUGAAAUUUCUUAAAUGUUUGCAAUACUUUGUAUUGGUCAUUUGAAGUGAUUUUGCACGUGGGUAUUCAUGGAACACAUUUGUCAGUGUCAGUUUUAACAUUUUGAGUAUAAGUUCUUAGAUCAUUCAGAUUGUUGGAAUUGUCCAGGAGUAUUUUGACAAGUAGCUAAUUUGAAGAAUUGCGGCUAAAUUUCAGGCUUUCUGAAAGCUUGGAGGUCAUUAGGUGGAAUGCUUAAAUGGCAUAGGAAAUAUUUGAAGAAGUUUGGAGGGCUGCUGUCAUUGCUGCCUGUAGUUGAACUAUUCUGUGACUACCCGAUUUAUGAUAAUUGCAUGCGUUUGAUAAUGCUUUAAACGGAUGCCUUCUAAGGCAUCCAGAGUAUUUUAUCCAGAGUAUUUUUUCAAUCCUAUCUUUAUGAAGUUUGUACUAUUUCCAUACUCAAGAAAACAACAUACAUAGUUUCCCAAAGAUUAUUUGUUGAAAAGCUAGACUAGAGUUUGAAGUUGUGUAGUCUGCUCCUAACUGAAUUAUGGGUGUGAAGUUCCAAUAGCAGAAAUUGGGAGAUUGGGAUCUGUUCUUAAAACUGUCCCAAGAGAGAUCCAUUGUUUGUUUCUUUCCUAUUGUACUGUACAGAACCAUGUGUUUACUGGUUGAAAGGCUAUCUUGCAGUGAUAAUGACCUUGUUCCGGAUGCUUAUGCUUAAGAGGUUAACUGCUCUUCCCUGUAUUUAGCCACAAAACUGAUGUUAAAUUGAUUGUACCAUAAAGUGUAAGCAUGAAAAAGCUAGUGUACUUGGGAGUAGUGGGAAAUGUUAAGCCUUGGGAUAAGGGAAAUAGAAAGAUACAUGAAUAAUGGGGCUACCAAAUUGUAGGAUGGUAGGCUACCUACAUGCAGGCUAUCAGUUAAACUGCAUGUUGAGUUCUGUACCUUAGAUAAAGGUCAUAACCAAAUCCUGCGGUGGUGUACGCCAGUUGUGAAUAGAGGAAAGGUGGAAUGGAAAGCUGGAGUCCUGUGCGCAUGCGCUCUGUGGCUCUGUGCGUCUGCACGUCGUCCUCCCGCCUUUCCUCCCCAGCGUUGCUUUCUCACAGCUAAGGGCCGGACCAGAAGUUUCUUCCUGGUACCUGAGGUUUGUGAGGAUGCUGAGGCCUGAGAUCUCUUCAGCCUCACCUUCUGUCCCUGCUGCUUCCCUGGCAUCCCUAGAGGCUCGGUCACAAGGGUCCCGCUACAAUUUUGGGAUCCGGGAGACACCCCAGAGCCACCCGUCAGCCAAGGCCUCGGCCUCCACACCAACUGGCACGUCUGGGGCCGCGGGCGACCGGAGCAGCAGCAGCAGCCUCCCUCGGCUUGCGACACGUACCCUGCCAGCUCAAGGUUCGUACUUUAGAAACAAAAGAUCUUAUGCAGAAAACACAUUUGCAUCAAAUUUUACUUUUGGUACAAGCUCUUCUUCUGCACAAGACAAUAAUUAUCUUCGAACACUAAAAACUCCAUUGUCUGCUGGAAAUCCCCAGAGGUCAGGUUAUAAAAGUUGGACACCGCAAAUGGGAUAUUCAGCAGCUACGUCCUCAUCUACAGUGUCUGCGCACUCCCCAUCCGUUAUUGUAGCUGUUGUAGAAGGGAGGGGACUUGCCAGAGGUGAAAUAGGAAUGGCAAGUGUUGAUUUAAAAAGCCCACAAAUUAUAUUAUCUCAGUUUGCAGACAACACAACAUAUACAAAGGUGAUCACUAAACUCAAAAUUUUAUCACCUUUGGAAAUAAUAAUGUCAAACACUGCUUGUGUUGCGGGGAACUCAACUAAGUUGUUUACUCUGAUCACAGAGAAUUUCAAGAAUGUAAAUUUCACUACUGUCCAAAGAAAAUACUUCAAUGAAACAAAAGGAUUAGAGUACAUCGAACAGUUAUGCAUAGCAGAGUUCAGCACUGUUCUGAUGGAGGUUCAGUCCAAGUAUUACUGCCUUGCAGCUAUUGCAGCUUUAUUAAAAUAUGUUGAGUUUAUUCAAAAUUCAGUUUAUGCGCCCAGAUCGCUGAAGAUUUGUUUUCAAGGUAGUGAACAGACAGCCAUGAUAGAUUCAUCAUCAGCCCAAAACCUUGAAUUACUAAUUAAUAGUCAAGACAGUAGGAAUAAUCACACUCUCUUUGGUGUUCUGAAUUACACUAAGACUCCUGGAGGGAGUAGAAGACUUCGUUCUAAUAUAUUAGAACCUCUAGUUGAUAUUGAAACAAUUAACAUGAGAUUAGAUUGUGUUCAAGAACUACUUCAAGAUGAGGAACUCUUUUUUGGACUUCAGUCAGUUAUAUCAAGAUUUCUUGAUACAGAGCAGCUUCUUUCUGUUUUAGUCCAAAUUCCAAAGCAAGACACGGUUAAUGUAGCUGAAUCAAAGAUAACAAAUUUAAUAUACCUAAAACAUACCUUGGAACUUGUGGAUCCUUUAAAGAUUACUCUGAAGAACUGUAAUAUGCCUUUAUUAAGAGCUUACUAUGGAUCUUUGGAAGAUAAGAGGUUUGGAAUCAUACUUGAAAAGAUUAAAACAGUAAUUAAUGAUGAUGCAAGAUACAUGAAAGGAUGCCUGAACAUGAGGACUCAGAAGUGCUAUGCAGUGAGGUCUAACAUAAAUGAGUUUCUUGACAUAGCUAGAAGAACAUAUACAGAGAUUGUAGAUGACAUAGCAGGAAUGAUAUCACAACUUGCAGAAAAAUAUGGUCUUCCUUUAAGGACAAGUUUUAGCUCUACUAGAGGAUUUUUCAUCCAGAUGACUAUAGAUUGUACAGCCUUACCCAAUGAUCAACUUCCUUCAGAGUUUAUUAAGAUUUCUAAAGUGAAAAAUUCUUAUAGCUUUACUUCAGCAGAUUUAAUUAAAAUGAAUGAAAGAUGCCAAGAGUCUUUGAGAGAAAUCUAUCACAUGACUUACAUGAUAGUGUGCAAGCUGCUUAGUGAGAUUUAUGAAUAUAUUCAUUGUUUAUAUAAACUGUCUGACACCGUGUCAAUGCUGGAUAUGCUACUGUCAUUUGCUCAUGCCUGCACUCUUUCUGACUAUGUUCGGCCAGAGUUUACUGAUACAUUAGCAAUCAAACAGGGAUGGCAUCCCAUUCUUGAAAGAAUAUCUGUGGAAAAACCUGUUGCCAACAAUACCUAUAUUACAGAAGGAAGUAAUUUUUUGAUCAUAACUGGACCAAAUAUGAGUGGGAAAUCCACGUAUUUAAAACAGAUUGCACUUUGUCAGAUUAUGGCCCAGAUUGGAUCAUAUGUUCCAGCAGAAUAUUCUUCCUUUAGAAUUGCUGAACAGAUUUUUACAAGAAUCAGUACUGAUGAUGAUAUAGAAACAAAUUCAUCAACAUUUAUGAAGGAAAUGAAAGAGAUAGCAUACAUUGUACAUAAUGCUAAUGACAAAUCACUCAUAUUAAUUGAUGAACUUGGCAGAGGUACUAAUACAGAAGAAGGUAUUGGCAUUUGUUAUGCUGUUUGUGAAUAUCUGCUGAGCUUAAAGGCAUUUACACUGUUUGCUACACAUUUCUUGGAACUAUGCCAUCUAGAUGUCCUGUAUCCCAAUGUAGAAAACAUGCAUUUUGAAGUUCAACAUGUAAAAAACACCUCAAGAAAUAAAGGAGCAAUCUUGUAUACCUACAGACUUUCUAAGGGAUUCACAGAAGAAAAAAAUUAUGGGUUAAAAGCCGCAGAGGUGUCAUCACUCCCACCAUCAAUUGUCUUGGAUGCCAAAGAAAUCACAACUCAAAUUACCAGACAAAUUUUGAAAAACCAGUGGAAUACCCCUGAGAUGGAAAGACAGAGAGCUGUGUACCAUCUAGCUACUAGGCUAGUUCAGACUGCUCGAAACUCUCGGUUGGAUCCAGACAGUCUGCGAACAUAUUUAAGCAAUCUCAAAAAGAAGUAUGAAGCAGAUGUUACCAAGGCUGAGCAAGUUUCAGGAAAGACUGAAUAAUAGUUCAUAUUAUACAAAUGAAAUUAAAAUUCAUUUUAUAUUUUAGUUAGCAACUACUUGAUAUUAAUCUCAGAAUUAUCAUCCCCUAUAUAUUCUGUAUAAGAAAAUGUUUGUUAUUACUACCUACCAAUGAGAACUAUUUAAAGGGCUGAUUUUUAGGACAAAAAUUAGUGUGAUGUGAUACUUUUUUCAUUUAU